GAAAAACUUCAGUCCACACUCAAGACUCAAUAGCAGAUUUCUAGAGGAGAAAAUGGACGCAGAGGACAACAAAGGGGAAACUGAAGUAUUGGGUUCCACCUUGACGAUGGAGAAAGUAGCUGCCGCAAAGCAGUUCAUAGAGAAUCAUUACAGAGCCCAUAUGAAAAAUAUUCAAGAGCGAAAAGAAAGGAGAUGGGUACUGGAGAGGAAGUUAGCUACAUCUGAUGUGCCAAAGGAGGAGCAAAUUAAUCUGAUUAAAGAUUUAGAGCGGAAGGAGACAGAAUACAUGAGACUUAAAAGACAUAAGAUAUGUGUUGAUGACUUUGAGCUUUUGACAAUCAUUGGGAGGGGGGCAUAUGGCGAGGUACGUUUGUGCAAGGAGAAGAAGUCUGGAAAUAUUUAUGCGAUGAAAAAACUGAAGAAAUCUGAGAUGCUCAGCAAAGGACAGGUUGAACAUGUUAGAUCUGAGAGAAAUUUGCUUGCAGAAAUGGCAAGUCACUGCAUUGUGAAACUAUACUACUCAUUCCAAGAUGAUGAGUAUUUAUACUUGAUUAUGGAAUAUCUUCCUGGUGGUGACAUGAUGACACUCCUUAUGAGGGAAGAUAUUUUAAGUGAAGAUGCAGCUAAAUUUUAUAUUGCUCAAAGUGUUCUUGCUAUUGAAUCCGUUCACAAACAUAACUAUAUCCACAGAGAUAUUAAACCGGACAAUCUCCUGUUGGACAAAAAUGGUCACAUGAAGCUCUCUGAUUUUGGUCUUUGCAAGCCUCUUGACUGUAGAACUCUGUCUACACUCAAAGAGGAUGAACCCAUGGAGGAUGAAGAUAUGAAGGAACCUAUGGAUAUUGAUGGAAGCAAUCCUGAUGCUGAUAAUAGGAGUACUUCGAGAAGUCGUAGUGAACAACUUCAGCAUUGGCAGAUGAACAGGAGGAAGUUGGCAUUUUCUACUGUGGGAACACCCGAUUAUAUUGCACCUGAGGUGUUAUUGAAGAAGGGAUAUGGCAUGGAGUGUGACUGGUGGUCAUUAGGUGCUAUUUUGUAUGAGAUGCUUGUGGGAUAUCCACCAUUUUACUCUGAUGAUCCUAUAACGACUUGCCGGAAGAUUGUACAUUGGAGAAAUCAAUUAAAAUUCCCAGAGGAUGCAAAGUUGUCAAUUGAGGCGAAGGAUCUCAUUUGUAGGUUACUCUGUGAUGUUGAACACAGACUAGGGUCUGGAGGAGCUUACCAAAUUAAGGCUCAUCCUUGGUUUAAUGAUAUUAUAUGGGAUAAGCUGUAUGAGAUGGAUGCGGCAUUUAAACCCGAAGUCAAUGGAGAGUUAGACACCCAAAAUUUUAUGAUGUUUGAUGAAAUGGGUCCAUCUCAAUCUGUAAAAUCUGGCUCUGGAACAUCUAGAAAGAUGCAUUUGACUCCGAAAGAUUUGAACUUUGUCGGCUAUACAUUCAAGAAUUUCGAUGCUGUCAAGGCACUACAGAAUUCAUCUGGUGUAUUCAAAAUUGGUAAAAAUGGGAGAGCUGAGGAAGCAGAUAUACAAAUGUAUGCAUCAACUGGUGAUGAUGCCAUGUCACCAUAACAAUAAAUCAUGAAGGUAGCUCCUGCACACAUAAGCCCACAUACGCCAAUUUUGUUGCGUUUGGGCUUGUAAUUUGCAGAAUCAUAUAUAUUAUUGUCUAAAGUGUACAGCUGGAAAAUUCAAUGGAACCCAAUGAUGCAUAGUUUCUAGGGUUUCAAGUGUGUAACAUGUGUGAUAGUUGUAUCGGAUUAGAACCGAGUGCGUGUAAAAGUGAACAAUAGUGUGUGUAGGCUUUUAUAGAUGGUAGAACCAUUGCCCCAGCAGGCUACCCAGGUUGGCAGGUGAGAACUUGCCUUCACUAGAGGCAGUUUCUGAUUUUGAUCCUUUCUAAUUCAUUAGUGGGUGAUGAACUUGCCAAAAAUUUGGAUAAACAGUUAUUAUUAUUGCUAACAAUCAUAUAAUUUGUAGCUUCUCUUUAACCCCCCCAAAAAUUUGGAUAAACAGUUAUUAUUAUUGCUAACAAUCAUAUAAUUUGUGUGAA